UGUGCCAGACCUGCUGCCACUCGCAAUUUGGUUCCAAUGUGUGACAACGGCCCUUCGCCGUACGUACAAUCCCCGACAAAGGUCAAGGCACGUACUUUCACGCCGAUGGCAAGAAACUGCAGCGACAAAAUUAGGAGCGAUUCGGGGUUCUGUAAAGCUCUGCUAACUCCAGAGAGUUCAGAGCCUACAUCGCACCAUCUAUGGAAGAGUUCAAAGUUUUCAGAGCUCUGUCUUGGGGAGAGUCCAGUGAUUCCGUGCUCUCUUCGGAUAAGUCCAGAGCCUUGUCUCCGAACUGAAGAAAAAAUUGCCUCUGGAACGGCUAAGGUGUCCAAGGAGAGUAUCUUCUCUCAAAUCAUUGCUCAACAGAAGUUCGACGGUUCCUGGCUACUGGAAGACUUGGCAAAGAUUCUCGAGUUAGCUCCAACGGAUCUCCUGCAGGACCACGAAUUACAAUCGGCUGGCGUCUGCUCGUUGGUGACGGCGCUGGUGGUCGUGCUGCUGCAGGAGUGUUACAGCGACCGCGCUCCUGAGUGGGGCUUGCUGGUCACCAAAGCCAAGAACUUCCUGACGCGCGAAGCUGUGGUGGAGCUGAGCUGCGCCUCAGGAGUGCUCUCUCGCCACACGGCCUUCGUGGCGGUCGACCAGGACGGCAAGACCGUCAAGAAGCAAACCGCGCCUCCGGUGCAGCUUGAGCGCUGCGGCGCUUUGGGCGGCGUGAGGUACCAGCCUCAGAGCCUUGCUUGUGCACAGAUGAAGAUGCCAGCCAGUGCCCAGCAGAAUAUGAUGCCAAUGCGAAUGGCAAGAGGAAUGUGUGGGCCACCGCAAGUUGCUUGCUUCGCAGCGGCACCGGCCUGUGACAUGAUGGUGUGUGAAGAUGCGAUGGCGGAUGACGCAGCUUUUGAGGAAGAUGACGACGAGUGCGAUGGAUUUGAUAGCGCUGUCCCGUGCCAGCUGUCAGGAGGACGAGCCGCACCGUCUCUUGCCAAAUUCCAUGGCGAUGCAUCGAAUUUAAACGAAGAGGAAGAACUUGACGCCGAAGGAACUGAAGCGCCGAAGGAAAAGAUUUUAUCUCAAAUUAUUGGUCAACAAAAGUUCGAUGGGUCCUGGUUGACCGAUGACAUAGCGUCCAUUCUCCAGAUGGCUUCAGGCGAUCUUCAAGAUGACGCACAAUCCUCCCUCCUGGUGACGGCGCUGGUGGUCGUGCUGCUGCAGGAGUGUUACAGCGACCGCGCUCCUGAGUGGGGCUUGCUGGUCACCAAAGCCAAGAACUUCCUGAAGCAGGGAUCUGCUGGGGACAUCGACGAGACCCUGAAGGCUGCCAAGGACCGACUUGAUGCUCUGCGUGCCAAGUAUUCUGGCCACGCUGUCUUUACGUAGGGAAUCUUUACGUACUAGGAGCCCCCAGUACGUAAAGGACUGCAGUAGAGGCCCUGAGAGGAGACAUGGGUUGGAGUACCUUCAAGGAAAGAAGAAUGAGAGCAGUUUUGAGGUAUAAAGUGAGACUGGAGCGAAUGGAUGAUGAACGUUGGGCUCGAAAGAUGUAUAUGUGGAACAUGAAGGUGAGCAAAUGGGCACGCAGAUGUCGGGCAGUGGUGCGUAAGUGUGGCAUGCAUAUGAAGCAUGGGUGCGCCAAUGGCCCGCUGGGCCAAAGGACGAAUGGGUGGUGGCAGUACGGGGUGCGGUUGGGAUAGAGUGGGAUGAAAAAGAGUGGAAAAGAGAAAUAAAUGAGCGAGUG